AUGAUUACUACUGCGGUAGACAUCUAUACUGAUGACCUCUAUACAAUCAAAGCUCUCGACAAGAGACAACACCCCAAUGUUGUUUCUUUGAUUAAAAUAAUAGGUUCGGACGAUUGUUCAUUCAUUGGUACGGAGCUUUGUCCCGAAGGUCACUUAUUUGAUAACAUCGUCGUGAAGAAAAUAUACGUGGGCAUUGAAUCUUUGCCCGAAAACUGUCUAGUUACAGAUCAAGGGAUAACUGUUAAACACAUGGAUUUUGGUCUUGCUACUACCAACACCUGCUCGUCAGACUUUGGCCGUGCCUCUUAUUUUUACAUAUUUCCAGAAGGAUCAUUCUACGAAUCGGCUCCUAGUGAUGACUGGAGCCUAGGUGUUAUUCUAGACCCAUACUUCCUCAAGACAAUCCUACCUCUAUCCGACGAGGUUAUUCCCGCCUUGAACCGUAUCUUUGAAUGCGAUCCCAACAAAAGGAUCACAAUACCAGAGCUACGCACAUUGGUUCUGGAAUGUCCCUCUUUCACGGUACCCUCCGAAGGCUCAUGGAAUAAAGAGGAACCUGUUAUAGUGGAAAGCCAGACAGGAAGCGAAAUACUCGUUCAGCGCAAUGCUACACCUCCGACAUUAAUUUUUAGUAGCCGACGCACGUUGACAUCAAAGGUCUAUAUUAAUAGUUGGAGCAGGUGGUUGGACAAUGGUGGACACGCGGUUGCUGUGGCAGGGAUCCUGGUGGAGAUUGCGCCUAACUGUACAGCCCACAGCCCGAUGCAGAAUACAUCAUCCACCCUCCUCCGGUCACCGGUACUGUGGUGGACCAUUCUCGAAGAUAUUUGGAAGUGAAAGUUAGCUGGUAAGUUGUACUCUCAUACUAUUGCCAUUUCGUUGACCUGGCCUCGGAGUCCUACAACCGCCUACUAACACACACUUGCCGCUUUGAGUAGUUUGUUGACCGCACUGCAUAGACUUUUCUGCUGUCGC